CUCCCUGAACCCUGCUCCAGACACUUUGAAUCCAGGAGAGAAAGAUGUGUCAAGCCUGCCUGGAGAACAGCAUCUGCUUCUAGCCAAGAUCUCUCAUCACAAAGUAAGGAUACUAAAGUUAUGUGGGCCAUGAAACCAGGCCAUCUCUUCUGGGCUCUGUUGUUUCUGCAACCUUUGUGGCCCCGACUGACUGAUGGGGCCACUCGAGUCUACUACUUGGGCAUCCUGGAUGUGCAGUGGAACUAUGCUCCCAAGGGAAGGAAUGUCAUCAUGAACCAGCCUCUGGACAAUGAUACAGUAGCUUCCAGCUUCUUAAAAUCUGACAAGAACCGGAUAGGGAGCAGCUACAAGAAGACCAUCUACAAGGAAUACAGAGAUAGCUCUUAUGUGGAUGAAAUAGCCCAGCCUACUUGGCUGGGCUUCUUGGGGCCAGUGUUGCAGGCUGAGGUGGGAGAUGUCAUCCUUAUCCACCUGAAGAAUUUUGCCACUCGUCCUUACACAAUCCACCCCCAUGGUGUUUUCUAUGAGAAGGACUCAGAAGGCUCCCUAUACCCAGAUGGCUCCUCCGGUCAGCUAAAAGCUGAUGACUUUGUUCCCCCGGGAGGCAGCCACAUUUACAACUGGACCAUUCCAGAAGGCCACGCACCCACUGAUGCUGACCCAGCAUGCCUCACCUGGAUCUACCAUUCUCAUGUAGAUGCUCCACGAGACAUUGCUACUGGUCUCAUUGGACCCCUUAUCACUUGUAAAAGAGGAACCCUGGAUGGGAAUUCCCCUCCUCAGCGGAAGGAUGUGGACAGUUAUUUCUUCCUGCUCUUCAGUGUGGUAGAUGAGAACCUUAGCUGGCAUAUUGAUGAGAACAUUGUCACUUACUGCUCAGACCCUGCCUCAGUAGACAAAGAAGAUGAGGCCUUUCAGGAAAGCAAUAGGAUGCAUGCAAUCAAUGGCUUUGUUUUUGGUAACUUACCAGAUCUAAGCAUGUGUGCACAGAAUCGUGUGGCCUGGCACUUGUUUGGCAUGGGCAAUGAAGUAGAUGUCCACACAGCUUUCUUCCAUGGACAAAUACUAACCAUCCGGGGCCACCGCACUGAUGUGGCUCACAUCUUUCCAGCCACCUUUGUGACUGCUGAGAUGGUGCCUCAGGAACCUGGCACCUGGUUGAUUAGCUGUCAAGUGAAUAGUCACUUGCGAGAUGGCAUGCAAGCACUCUACCAGGUCAAGUCUUGCUCCAUGACUCCUCCCAUGAACCAACUCACAGGCAAAGUCCGGCAGUACUUCAUUGAGGCCCGUGAGAUUCUAUGGGACUAUGGCCCGAUGGGGCAUGAUGGGAGUACUGGGAAGAAUUUGAAGGAGCCAGGCAGUGGCUCAGAUAAAUUCUUCCAGAAGAGCUCCAGUCGAAUUGGGGGCACUUACUGGAAAGUCCGAUAUGAAGCCUUCCAAGAUGAGACAUUCCAGGAAAAGGUGCAGAUAGAGGAAAAUACGCAUCUUGGAAUCCUGGGACCAGUGAUUCGGGCUGAGGUGGGUGACACCAUCCAGGUGAUCUUUUACAACCGUGCUUCCCAGCCAUUCAGCAUACAGCCUCAUGGAGUCUUUUAUGAGAAAGAUUACGAAGGAACAGUGUACAAUAAUGGCUCAUCCAACCUUGGCUUGGUGGCCAAGCCCUUUGAGAAAGUAACAUAUCGCUGGACAGUCCCCUCUCACGCUGGCCCUGCUGCUCAGGAUCCUGCCUGUCUCACCUGGAUGUACUUCUCUGCUGCAGAUCCCAUAAGAGAUACGAAUUCCGGUCUGGUGGGGCCCCUAUUGGUGUGCAAGGCUGGUGCCUUGAAUGCAGAUGGUAAACAGAAAGGGGUGGAUAAGGAAUUUUUUCUCCUUUUCACUGUGUUGGAUGAGAACAAGAGCUGGUACAGCAAUGCCAAUCAAGCAACUGCUAUGUUGGAUUCCCGACUGCUCUCAGAGGAUGUCAAAGGCUUCCAAGACUCCAAUCGGAUGCAUGCCAUUAAUGGGUUUCUGUUCUCUAACCUGCCCAGGCUGGACAUGUGCAAGGGUGACACAGUGGCCUGGCACCUGCUUGGCUUGGGCACAGAGACUGAUGUGCAUGGGGUCGUGUUCCAGGGCAACACUGUGCAGCUUCAGGGCAUGAGGAAGAGUGCAGCCAUGCUCUUUCCUCAUACCUUUGUCAUGGCCAUCAUGCAGCCUGAAAACCCUGGGAUAUUUGAGAUUUACUGCCAGGCAGGCAGCCAUAGAGAAUCAGGGAUGAAGGCAAUCUAUAAUGUCUCCCAGUGUCCUGGCCACCAACCUGACUAUCAUCAUCGAUACCAGGCUGCAAGAGUCUACUACAUCAUGGCAGAAGAGGUGGAGUGGGACUAUUGCCCUGACAGGAGCUGGGAACUGGAAUGGCACAACCAGUCUGAGAAGGACAGUUAUGGUCACAUUUUCCUGAGCAACCAGGAUGGGCUCCUGGGUUCCAGAUACAAGAAAGCUGUAUUCAGAGAAUACACGGAUGGUACAUUCAAGAUCCCUCGGCCAAGGACUGGACCAGAGGAACACUUGGGAAUAUUAGGUCCACUUCUCAGAGGAGAGGUUGGUGAUAUUCUAACUGUGGUGUUCAAGAAUAAUGCCAGCCGCCCCUACUCUGUGCAUGCUCAUGGAGUGGUAGAAUCUAGCACUGGUUGGCCACUGGCUGCUGAUCCUGGUGAGGUUCUCACUUACCAAUGGAACAUCCCAGAAAGAUCUGGCCCAGGGCCUAAUGAUUCUGCUUGUGUUUCCUGGAUCUAUUAUUCUGCAGUGGAUCCCAUCAAGGACAUGUAUAGUGGUCUUGUUGGACCCUUGACCAUCUGCCGAAAGGGCAUCCUGGAGCCUUAUGGAGGACGGAGUGACAUGGACAGAGAAUUUGCCUUGUUAUUCUUGAUCUUUGAUGAGAACCAGUCUUGGUAUCUAGAGGAAAAUGUAGCAACCCAUGGGGCCCAGGAGCCAGGCCGUGUUAACCUACAGAAUGAGACUUUUUUGGAGAGCAACAAAAUGCAUGCCAUUAAUGGAAAGCUCUACAGCAACCUCAGGGGUCUUACCAUGUACCAAGGAGAACGAGUGGCAUGGUACAUGCUGGCCAUGGGCCAAGAUAUUGACCUACACACUAUCCACUUCCAUGCAGAGAGCUUCUUAUAUCGGAAUGGAGAGAGCUACCGUGCAGAUGUUGUAGAUCUGUUCCCAGGGACCUUUGAGGUUGUGGAGAUGGUAGCCAGCAACCCUGGGACAUGGCUGAUGCACUGCCACGUUUCUGACCAUGUCCAUGCUGGCAUGGAGACCCUUUUUACUGUCUUGUCCCAAAGAGAACACGUAAGCACUAUCACCACCAUCACCAAAGAGAUUGGAAAAGCAUCAAUCCUCAGAAACAUUGGAGAAGGCAAUGUGAGAGUGAUGGGCAUGCGGAUCCCUGUAAAGAAUAUUGAGAUACUGGCUUCUCUUUUAAUUGCCAUGAGUAUCAUUCUCCUCCUCAUUGCUCUAGCUCUUGGUGGUGUGAUCUGGUACCAGUAUCAACAGAGAAAGCUACGACGCAACAGGAGGUCCAUCCUGGAUGACAGCUUCAAGCUUCUGUCCCUCAAACAGUAG